CGGUGAGGCCGGCAGCCGUGACUGCAGAUAGAGGCGGGAGCGGAGCGGCCACAUACACCUCACUCCGGGUCAGCUUGACUGAAUGAGAGAGACUGCCAACCUAAGCCCCAUCCAGGAGGGAACCCGCCAGCUUGCACACAGCGCCAUGGACGGAUUCGCCGGCAGCCUGGAUGAUAGCGUUUCUGCAGCAAGCACCUCUGACGUGCAGGACCGUCUAUCUGCCUUGGAGCUGAGAGUCCAGCAGCAGGAAGAUGAAAUCACUGUGCUUAAAGCUGCCUUGGCUGAUGUGCUCAGACGUCUGGCUGUUUCUGAGGAUCAUGUGGCAACUGUUAGAAAAGCCCCUUCAAGUAAAGGUCCACAGGCACUACGUGAAGCCCUUUCUAUGUCUUGUAUUACCAAUGGAGGAGCUGGAACCAGAAAACCAACCCAUACUGGAUCUGUUGCUAGAAAAGAUACAUUGGCAUCCUAUGCUAAAAGUAGCACAGAGAAAAAGAGGGAAAAAACCCAAGGCGUCAAAGAGGAAUCAAAUACAAAUGAUCAGAGCCCACUAAAUCAGGCAUCUCCUUCUCCCCUACCUUCCCCACAGACCAGCCAAACACACAGGCAAAAUCAGGAAAGCAGAAAUACUGCAUCAACCAAAAGUGUAAAGAAAAGCUCCACUGUUGAAAAGUCACACAAUGCAUGGGAAUCUUCUGAUGACAGUCGAAACAGGCUAAUGAGGGCAGCUUCAACAUCAAAACUGAUCUCAAAAGCUACCAAAGCUUCAGAUAAGCAUAAAGAUAUUGUCAUCAGCCCAGAAGGAGAAUACAUAAAAAUGUUUAUGCGAGGCCGACCAAUCACAAUGUUCAUUCCUUCUGACGUGGAGAGCUAUGAAGACAUAAGAACAGAACUGCCACCAGAGAAGUUAAAACUGGAGUGGGUAUAUGGUUACCGCGGGAGAGACUGUCGAGCCAAUGUUUACCUUCUCCCUACCGGAGAAAUUGUCUAUUUCAUAGCAUCUGUUGUUGUACUGUUCAAUUACGAUGAGAGGACUCAGCGCCAUUAUCUCGGUCACACAGAUUGUGUUAAAUGCAUUGCUGUUCAUCCAGACAAGAUUAGAAUUGCAACAGGACAGAUUGCUGGUGUUGACAAAGAUGGAAGGCCUUUACAACCUCAUGUGAGAGUCUGGGACUCUGUCAGUUUAUCUACAUUGCAAGUUAUUGGCCUUGGAACCUUUGAACGAGGAGUCGGAUGUCUGGAUUUCUCAAAAGUGGACUCUGGGUCACACUUGGCGGUGAUCGACGACUCCAAUGAGCAUAUGCUGACCGUGUGGGACUGGCAGAAGAAGUCAAAAGUAGCUGAGAUAAAGACUACAAAUGAGGUGGUCUUGGCAGUCGAAUUCCACCCGACUGACCCCAGUACAAUAGUGACCUGUGGCAAGUCGCACAUCUUUUUCUGGACUUGGAAUGGCAAUUCUUUGGCGAGAAAACAAGGAAUCUUUGGGAAAUAUGAGAAACCAAAGUUUGUUCAGUGCUUAGCCUUCCUAGCCAAUGGUGAUGUGCUUGCUGGAGAUUCAGGAGGCACAAUGUUGAUCUGGAGCAAAACUCCAGUGGAAUCCACAGCGGGUAAAGGAGUAAAAGGCGUCUACCAAAUAAGUAAGCAGCUCAAAGCUCAUGAUGGCAGCGUCUUCACACUGUGUCAGAUGAGAAACGGUAUGCUGCUUACGGGAGGUGGCAAGGACAGGAAAAUUAUUAUGUGGGAUCACGAUCUUACCCCUGAGAGAGAGAUUGAGGUUCCAGAUCAAUAUGGCACCAUCAGAGCGGUGGCUGAAGGCAAAGCCGACCAGUUCUUAGUUGGCACAUCUCGGAAUUUCAUUUUGCGAGGCACUUUUAAUGAUGGUUUUCAGGUGGAAGUUCAGGGUCAUACAGAUGAGCUAUGGGGACUGGCAACCCACCCCUUCAAGGAUCUGCUCUUAACAUGUGCUCAGGACAAGCAGGUCUGUUUGUGGAACUCUGUAGACCAUACACUAGAAUGGACCAGACUGCUAGAAGAGCCUGGACACUGUGCCGAUUUCCAUCCUAGCGGAAUAGUAGUAGCAAUUGGAACACAUUCUGGGAGAUGGUUUGUUCUGGAUGCAGAGACGCGAGAUCUGGUUUCUAUACAUACAGAUGGCAAUGAGCAACUCUCUGUGAUGCGAUAUUCUGUUGACGGAACGCUGAUUGCAGUGGGAUCUCAUGACAAUUUCAUUUACCUCUACAAUGUCUCCGAGAAUGGAAGAAAAUAUGGCAGAUACGGAAAAUGCACUGGACAUUCCAGUUAUAUUACACACCUUGACUGGUCCCCAGACAACAAAUACAUUAUGUCAAACUCAGGAGACUAUGAAAUAUUAUACUGGGACAUUCCAAGUGGUUGUAAAUUAAUUCGGAAUCGUUCAGACUGCAAAAACAUUGACUGGACAACUUACACUUGUGUGCUAGGAUUUCAAGUCUUUGGAGUGUGGCCAGAAGGGUCAGAUGGCACAGAUAUUAAUGCAUUAGUGCGCUCUCACAACCGAAAGGUUAUUGCCUUAGCUGAUGACUUCUGUAAGGUCCAUCUGUUUCAGUAUCCAUGCUCCAAACCAAAGGCUCCUAGUCACAAGUACAGUGCCCACAGCAGCCAUGUAACCAAUGUCAGCUUCACACACAGCGAUGGCCACCUGAUCUCAACCGGAGGAAAGGACAUGAGCAUCAUGCAGUGGAGACUCAUUGAAAAAGUGUCACUCUCUCAAAAUGACAAUGUAGUGGAAAUAAGUCCUGCCAGCGUGCCAGCUGUAGUUGAAAAAGUAGUUCAGGAAAGUUCCCCUACUUCUGAGACACCUCCAGCCAGUCAGGAGGACAGCACUCCAGUGGAGUCCCCAGCAGCUCCAACAGUAGAUGCCAUAGAAGCAGAAUUUGUACCAGAUGGCACAGAGGAACAAAACGAGGUGCAGAGUGAAGAAAGCAGCCAAGAACCCUUGGAGACAAAUGGGCAAGAGCCUUCUAGUGAAACAAACGAGGAGAUGACAGAGUCUCCUACCAUAACAGAAUCCCAGGGAGAAGAUUCACCAGUGUCUUAACACCUAAUUCUAUUGGUUCUUAUUUUCAUUUCUAUACAUGGUGUGUGAGCUUUCGUCAUGGGAAGAGGGUUUAAAUAGCAAGCAAGAGUAUUUUUGAAUGGAUGUUCAUACCAUACAUGUGCGAUUUAAGUUGGUUUCGUCCAUGAAGCCCCUGCCAUGGGCUACAGAAUAAAGCCAAAGCUGGAAGUUGGACAAACACGUAAAAAAAAACACAAAAAUAAGUGUAGAUGGUAGAUUUCAGGAAAUGAUGUCACUAAGUGGUGUGUUGUACAUAUUUUGUAGGGUUUAAACUGGGUCAAUAUAAGAUUUAAGGAAGUGAAGAAUAAAAUUUAUAAAAAUAAUAAAAUGCGUUCUGCGAAGGUGUUAUCUAGGUGCAUAUGGUAAAGGCCAAAGGACGAUCCAUCAUAGGUGAUUGUUUUCGGAUCUUGAAAACUGUGCUUAAUCACUUUGGGCAAUGCCUAUGCAAUUUUCUUACAAAAACUCUAACGACCGUUUGCCAUAAGAAGUCUGUCCUAGGUGCUGCUACCUGUCUUAAGGACUGUUUUUGUUUAAUAACUAUAAUAGCAGCUUACCUAAUUUGAUCUGGCUUUGACCUGACCAAGCUUUCUUUAAGGGGAUCUUAGAGCUGGCCAUACAUGUAGGUUCGAUGCUCUGGCCGAACAAUUCUCGGCACAGCUAUGCAGCCAUCUCGCUAUAUAGAAGGUACUAGCCGUUAAAG